AUGGCGGCUACACCUCCUCCUGGUGCAGGAUUUCCGAACAAAAACAGGGUUGCCAUUUUAGCUGAGCUUGACAAAGGAAAAACGGAAUAUUUGCUUUUACAAAACCAGUCUUCAACCAACAAUCCUGGGGCCAGCAUAGCACUUUCGAGGCCAAAUGUGAACAAAGACUUCCGGGACCACGCAGAACAGCAGCACAUAGCAGCGCAACAAAAGGCUGCACUUCAGCAUGCCCAUGCACAUUCAUCAGGAUAUUUCAUAACACAGGACUCUGCUUUUGGAAAUCUUAUUCUGCCAGUUAUACCCCGUCUAGAAGCCGAAUAACAGCAUUGUGUGUUUUUUCCUUCUGACAAACUAACAAGGACUCUGCCCUAUUUUAACAAAAUACAGACAAAGCUGGCUUAAAAGAUGUGUAGAACCUUUUUUCUUUUACAAGUCAAAAAGACCUGUAAUUUGGUUAAAACCAUUAACCAAUGUCAUCAGUCAACAGGAUUGUGAGUCUGUUUCUUUUUAUAAAAAUAAAUGUUUUGUUUAAAACUUGUUUUUCAUAAAAAUAUUUUAUCUUAUCUGAGUUAUCAUAUUGUGUUGUAGUAUUAUAUUGAGUUGAAUCAGCAGAUAAGAAAAUUACAUGUUUUAAGAAUGAGUUUCUAAAAAGUUAUCAUAUUGAAAUAUUGCAAACAACAUAGUGCAAACAAUAAAAGUCAACCAUUUAAUGUA